AUGGUUCACACGUGUGUAGUGGCUGGAUGUCGAAACAGGAGGACUCCUGGGAGCACUUUAUCCUUCUACAGGUUUCCACGAGACCCGCAGCGGAAGCAGAGGUGGAUUGCUGCCGUGAACCGUGAGGGAUGGAUACCAAACGAGGGCAGCAGACUCUGCAGCACCCACUUCAUUUCAGGAAAACAAGUGAAGAAUCCUAGAUCACCAGACUACAUACCUUCAGUGUUUACUACAGCACCACUGUCCCCAAAUAUGAAGGAAGCAAGUGCCUGCGAACUCUAUGAUAAACAAGAGGCACAAGUGGAGGCAGCCAAUGCUUUGCUCUUUCUACAAGGACAAGGACGUUUCUUGGAAGACAGUCACCAAAUUCACAGUCAAGAAGAGACGGAGAGUGUUUCCUCUUCACUAAGCAGUUGUAAUGAAGAGGAGGAUGAUAAUGAUGAUGAAGAUGACAGAGAGGAGGAAAUCUCACUGACAAGUAUAAUCCAAGGAGAUAAGCCAGUAAUAAACAUCCCAACCACGUCCUCUGACUAUCAGUCCAGCCUUGAGGCUCUUAAAAAGGAGAAUAUGGAACUGAGGGAAUCGGUUGAAAAGAUGUCUCUCACUGAGGCAUCGUUCAGGAAUGACCCGGAAAAGGUUAGGUUCUAUACAGGAUUGCCGAACUAUUUUGUGUUUGAGACAGUUAUGUUGCUUCUCUUGCCACACAUGAAAGGGGACAAAAAUCUGAAACUUUCAAAGUUCCAGCAGCUACUCUUAACGCUAAUGCGACUUCGGCUUGAUCUUAGAAACAAAGACUUAGCCUAUCGUUUUGGGAUAAAGGUUGCCACAGUGACCAGGACGGUCCAUCGGAUAAUCAACAUAAUGUUCACCACCUUGGUGCCCACUGCUGUUUUUUGGCCAUCUAGAGUGGAGCUCAGAAAAAACCUACCUGCAUCUUUGCGUUCCACGUACCCAGACUGUGCAGUGAUCAUCGAUUGCUUUAGGGUGUCUCUGGAAAAAGAAGAUAUAAUUCAACAGGUUGAUUCCAUGCCCACCCAGUCAGCCUUAGUUAAUGAGUUAAAGUAUGUCAUAGGUGUUGCACCACAAGGCGUGGUCAUGUUUGUCUCAAGCGGAUCACCAGGUCACGUCACUGACAAAAGUCUAGUGGAGAGUAGUGGUCUCCUCUUCAAGCUACUGCCAGGUGAUGUUGUGCUUGCUGAACGUGACUUUGACAUCGAUGACUUGGUGGAUGCCCGCAAAGCCAAAUUCGAAAUCACUAGUAACUACGUUAAAAGUUGCCAGAGUGGACAAAAUGAAGAAGGUUCUUCACUAAUGGGUGCAUAUUCAGAUAAGCAGAACGUCCAUGUGCAUGUGGAGCGGGUAAUAGAAAUGGUCAAGAGAAGAUAUUGUAUGUUGACUGGACCUGUGGAGAGCCCCUUCACAGUCAUAGAUCGCACAUCCAAUGUAAGCACUUUUGAUAAGAUAGUGCAGGUUGCCUGUGCCUUAAAUAACCUGUGCAUUUCCGCUGCACCUCUGGAGUGAUCUCUAAUGUUCACAAUACUCUCUUCCUUGUUUGAAAGUCCUCUUUGCCUGUAUAUUGUCUAAAUGCACCUUUACCCCCUAUUUUAACAAAAUGCUUUAUAAAGGGGAUUUGAACAUUUCCAGGAACAUUGAAACAUUGUGGUAUGCAACCUAAGGACCAGUUUAUACCAAAUAUAGACUCAGUUAAACCAUCAACUAAAAAAUGUAGCUCUCUAUUUUAUUUUUUUUACAUAAGAUUGAUGUUUUGGUUUGAUAUGGGGCAUUACAUGAGAAUUCAAAGUAUCCAAAGCACUGAACAAACGGUUUGGUUUCCAGUGCCUUUCUCAAUGUGAUCCUUUUAUCAUCUUUUUGCUUUCUGUAUAGAUACACCAUAUUUUGGCUUCAACAAGUACUUUUAAUGUUGGCCUUGUUACAACCAUUAAUUCACAAAUAAUAUUCACCAUUAUAUACUCACUGAAGCUGAAGCCUGAACUUCAACCAAUGCACUUAAAAAAGUUUUAGUUUGCUAUAUCCAGCUUUCAUCUAACACUGUGUGUGUUCUGAUCAGUGGUAUGCUCUUAAAUAAUGCAUUGGGUCAAAAAGAGAAAAAAUCCAUCCUAUAGGUUGUAAUUUAUCCUAUGCUGGACAAUUUUAAGCCAUUGUUGGAUCAAAUAUAAACAUUUUCAGGAAUAAUUUAACUAAACGGCUGAGUUUGUCCCUUUUUGAAAUGACCCAGCAUUAUUUUCGAGUGUAUGGUUAGACAUUAUGCUAAUUGUUUCAUAUUAUUGUUCUACAUGUUUUCAUGUGUUGUAUGUGCAAAGUUUACCAUUAUAACUCUAAACUAAUGUAGCAUCUUGUUAUGUAGGCUAUUGUAUGAAAAUGUCAGUCCAUAAAGAUUUGAGUAUUGA